AUGGUCGAUAAAACACUAAAAGACUUGAAGAGUACUGACACGGUGCCUGAGAAACCCACUGCCAAAACACCAUCAUCACCAACAGCAGCGGCAGUAUCACCAGCAGCCACCGUAGCAGUAGCUGCCACACCCGCUACAACAACAGCAACCACCUCUCCACCAUUGACAGAAGCGAGCCCUGCAUCCGGUGCUAGUAAACCACUGAUCACGGAUGAGGAAGCCAUGUUCAGAACAAUCUUGCCCGAAAACAGUGAGUUGGAGACUGAGAAGCUUGGUUUCUACCACUGGCACAUCAAGGACUGGAAGGCGCUAGAGACCAAAACGCAUAGUCCAGCAUUUGAGGUCAAUGGAUUUUCCUGGCGCAUCCUUUUGUUUCCUAAAGGAAAUAACCAGAAAAAAUCAGUCUCUGCCUAUCUCGAAGUUGCUAAUCCCAAACAGCGUGGCAUUGCUGAUGAUUGGCAUACAUGUGCUCAGUUUGCAUUAGCCAUCUCCAAUCCCGAGGAUCCUAGCAGCUAUUACUCCAACACUGCCAAUCAUCGCUUCUCUUCCGAGGAGAUUGAUUGGGGAUUCACGCGUUUUUAUGACAUUGAAGACCUCAGCCAGCAAUCAGCCACAGGCAAGGGGCCUUUUUUGAUCAACAACAGCAAUGAAACAGUGAUUUCUGUCUUUAUCCGUGUUGUCAAAGAUGAAACUGGUGUAUUGUGGCAUAAUUUCGUCAAUUACGACUCCCGCAAGGCAACUGGCUAUGUCGGCAUCAAAAACCAAGGAGCCACAUGUUACAUGAACUCGUUAUUGCAGUCGCUGUAUUGCACCAACAAAUUCAGAAAAGCAGUGUAUGAGAUCCCAACCGAGAAGGACGAACCCACAAAGAGCGUCGCUUUGGCUUUGCAGCGCUGCUUUUACAAUCUGCAGUAUUCUUCAGAGCCUGUCGGCACACUGGAGCUGACCAAGUCUUUUGGCUGGGAUUCUCUGGAUGCAUUUAUGCAGCAUGAUGUGCAGGAAUUCAACCGUGUAUUGCAAGACAAUUUGGAAGAGAAGAUGAAGGGCACACCUGCUGACGGCGCAAUCUCCAAGCUGUUUGAAGGCAAGAUGAAGAGCUUCAUCAAGUGUAUCAAUGUGGAUUAUGAAUCCUCUCGAGUGGAAGACUACUACGAUAUCCAGUUGAAUGUCAAGGGCUGCAAGAACCUAGUCGACUCGUUUGACGAUUACAUUACCGUCGAGACGCUGGAAGGUGACAACAAGUAUCAAGCGGAGGGCCAUGGGCUGCAAGAUGCUAACAAGGGUGUCAUAUUUGAAAGCUUCCCUCCUGUAUUGCAUCUACAACUGAAGCGUUUUGAGUAUGAUUUCAUGAGAGAUACCAUGGUCAAAAUCAACGACCGUCAUGAGUUCCCCGCAGAGAUCAACCUAGACAAAUACUGCUCCAAGGCAGAUGCCGAUGGGCCCUAUGACUAUGAGCUUCACGGUGUCCUAGUGCAUAGUGGUGAUAUUUCUGGGGGCCAUUACUUUGCCUUGAUCAGACCUGAAAGCAGCGACAAGUGGUUCCGUUUCGACGAUGAUAGAGUGACACCAGUAUCAAAGAAGGAAGUGUUUGAGGAGAACUAUGGCGAUGAACCUCUUCGCGAUAGCAAAGACCUUCAUGGACUCUCUUCGCCGCCCUUCUUGAAUGGCACGGCUCGAAUCAACAGUGUUCGCAUGAUGAAGAAGUUUACAAAUGCCUACAUGUUGGUGUAUAUUCGAAAGAGCAAAUUGGAUGAGAUUCUGGGCCCUGUGAGCGAGAGCGAUAUUCCUGUGCAUUUGAAGCGUCGCUUGGAUGAUGAAAAGGCUUCUAUUGAAAAGCGCAAACAAGAUCGACAAGACAUGCAUUUGAACGUCAAGGUGGCUAUUGUUACAGAUGAGUCCUUCCAAGACUACCAAGGCUUCAACCUGGCUGUAUUUGAUGAUCGCUACCUGGAAGUGUCGCCCCAUGUGCAAGUGUUCAAGGCGCCCAAGACUGAAAAGAUCAGUGCUUUCAAACAGCAGCUGGUGGACCACUACAAACUUGAGCCCGACAGAUUCAGAUUAUGGUCUAUUUUAUACCGUCAAAACAAAACUGUGCGUGUGGAUCAGGCUCUGUCACCGGCAGAUGAAAGACAAACGGUGGAGAAGAUGAGAGAGUCGACCUGUGUCAGCACUCAGAUCAAUGGAUUUACCAAGUUGUACCUAGAGAUUGCAGAGAAAAAUCAACCGCUCACAGUCUUGAGAAAUGACCAGCAAAUCGUGUUUAUCAAAUACUUUGAUGUCAAGACGCAAAAGUUCAGAGGAUUGGGUCAUAUCUUUGUCUCUUCCAACGACAAGAUUGGCUCCAUUCUACCCACACUAGUCGAGCGAGCUGGCUUACCCAAGAGCACAUCAAUUCAGCUGUUUGAAGAGGUCAAGCCUACAGCAAUCGAUCCUCUCAAGAGCGACAUUACCUUCCGCAAAGCAGAGAUCCAACACGGUGACAUUGUGUGCUUCCAACAGACCUUGUCGCAAAAAGAAGCCGACGAAAUCACAAAGAAUGGCCUUAUUGCGACUGUGCCUGAUUACUAUACCUCUUUAUACAACAGAGCCUGCAUCUUGUUCAAGCCCAAGCCCAACACUGCCUCCAGCAACUCGGAAGAAGUGCAGCUCACCUUGGACAGAACCGCCAACUAUGUCACUGUUGCAAAAGCAUUAGCUGGUAAACUGAAUGUCGAAGCCAGCAAAAUCAGAUUCACAGCAUCCAACAGCAUUACCCACCAACCACGAGAAAUCAUCCACUACAAGCCUGGCACUCGAUUGGAAGAGAUGAUGAUUGGCUUACCCAAGCCCCAGGAUUAUGGCCAGAUUGUCAGUUUCGACAACAUCAACAUACCUGUCAUGUUUUACGAAGUGAUGGAUGUGGAUGUAGCAGAUUUAGAAUCCAAGCGAUCCAUCGUUGUCAAUAUCAUUGGCCCCACAUUGCGCAAAGAAACCAAGGUCACUGCUUUGUUGUCGCGCACUGGCUCUGUACGCCAAUUGCUGGAUCAAGUGCUCAUUAAGGGUAAAAUGAAUGUCAAAGAUGCUGAUAAAAUUCGACUGUACGAAGCUGUGGAUGGCAAAGUGACCCAAGAAUUCUCGCCUGAUCAGACAGUGGAUAACGUUGCUAUGGACAAGAGGGCCAUUGUCUAUGCUGAGCCUAUUCCCAAAGACGAGUUGGAGAUGAACCAAGACGAGGAUCGCUUGAUUCAAGUUGUCCACUACCACAACCACCCUUCAGAGUUCCACAGCAUUCCAUUCAGAUUUGUUGCCAUCAAGGGUGAGCUGUUUGAAGACACCAAAAAGAGAUUACAGAAGAGAACUGGCUUGGGCGACAUGGAUUGGAAAAAGGUGAAAUUUACCAUUCUCAGAAACCUUCAGGCACCAGAACCUUUGGUUACAGUCAUUGACAAUCCUGCUGAAUUUGAGCUACGUAAAGCCCGCCUUCAAGAAGAAGAUGCUCUUGGUUUGGAUCACAUUGACAAGUCUUCAAAGAGCAGAUUUAGUAGCGUGUUUGAAAAGGGUAUCUUCAUUAGAGGUUAA